AUGGUGGUUCAAGUUAAGAGGGACCUCACAAGGGGUCCAUGGGUUUGGCCUAUACUCAUAAACCUUCGGCCUACUGCCUAUAUGGUUACAUGGCAUCAGCAAUAUGGGGUUCCUAGACAAGUUAAGGUUUCUGAAGUGCUUGUAGGCACACGUUUGGGUUUUUGCCAGUACCAAGAAAGAGUGUAUCAGGAAUUGUUAGCUGAGAUUCUCCAGCAGCCUAUUUCUAUUGCAAGAAGAAGGGAUGGGCUGACUCGUUUGGUUGCAAAAAGCCUUCUCGAGGUAUUCUUUUAUCUCUUGGCUUGCCAUGAUGAAUCGAGUAGCCACUGGUGCCAAAAUGAGGACUUGUGGCACAAAGCAAAGGGCGUGAUUAGUCGAGAGACUAUCUUUUUUUUUCUUGGCCCUAUUCCUACUGGAUCUAGACUAUCAGAAGAAAUCGGCUUCUGGGCACAGGCGAUACACAACACAAUGCUUAUACUCUUUAUUGCGGAGCGUACAUUACCUUAUUCUCCUCACACUGUUUUUCCAAAGUUCGAUCAACCACAAUUGGCACAAAAGGGACUUAUGAAGGCUUAA